GCCGCGCUGGUCCGCUCCGUGUCCUCGCGCGCUGCCGAGUGGAAUCCACGUUCCAGGACAGCGCGAGACGCGCGACGUAUUCCGGGAAAGGUGCGAGGAUGGAGGCCAGGGCUCGUAGAAGCGCGCUGAAGUUUGCCAGCACUGUGGGCCCGAGGGAGAGGGAGAGCUGCAGGCUACACAUAGUCACGUGGAACGUGGCCACAGCAGAGCCUCCCAGCGACGUGAGCUCCCUGCUGCAGCUUAACUCCCAUGUUUCCAGUGACCUCUUUGUUAUUGGCCUGCAGGAGGUAAAUGCAAGGCCACUAAGGUACAUCACUGAUUUGGCCUUUGAUGACUCCUGGAGUGUCCUCUUCAUGGCCACCCUGGGACCACUUGGAUAUGUAAAGGUCACAUCCAUACGGAUGCAGGGCCUCCUCUUGCUGCUGUUUGCCCGGCAGGCCCAUCUCCCUUUCAUCCGGGAUAUACAAACCACGUACACCCGCACUGGUUUAUUCGGCUACUGGGGCAACAAGGGUGGGGUGUCCGUGCGCUUCUCUUUCUUUGGACAUAUGCUCUGCUUCCUGAACUGCCAUUUGGCGGCACACAUGAACUAUGCUGCCCAGCGCGUGGAUGAGUUUGAGUACAUCUUGGACAUGCAGGACUUUGACAUGUAUAACACGCCACACAUUCUUGACCACAAGUUGGUCUUCUGGUUUGGAGACCUGAACUUCCGUAUCGAAGACCAUGGCCUUCAUUUCCUUCGCUCUGCCAUCAACAGCAACCGCUUCAACUUGCUGUGGGACAAGGAUCAAUUGUUGAUGAUGAGGAAGAAGGAGGCUUUCCUCCAGGAGUUCGAAGAAGGACCGCUGCGCUUUAAACCCACUUAUAAGUUUGACAGGUUUUCCGACAGCUAUGACACCAGAGCACCAAAGACAUGGUUGGGCUUUACUGGUAAGAAGCGGAAACCAGCCUGGACUGAUCGAAUCUUGUGGAGAGUGAAACCCAAAGUUAAUAUCCCUGAGGAGGAGGAAGGGUCUGAGGAGGAAGAGGAGGUGAGGAAGCCUUUGAAGGAUGGGGAAGACCUCCCCCUAAAGGUGGUGCUGGACACGUAUACCUGCAGUAUGAACUAUGGCAUCAGUGACCACAAACCUGUCAUUGGCACCUUCAGCCUGGAGCUAAAGAAGAAAUCUGAGACCCCGCUGGUGCGUGUGUAUGCAGAGGGAGAGUGGAGUGCCAGUGAAGAUGCCAUAGUGUCCUACAAUAUCCUGGAGCCCUUCCCUUCCAGUACCUGGGACUGGAUUGGCCUCUAUAAGAUUGACUUUAAGAAUGCCUUAGAUUAUAUUACCUACACUUGGGUGAAGGAUGAUGAAGUUUCCAGCAGCGAAGAGGUGAUACAGGUGUUUAUGAGCAAGGACAACAUCCCAGUGUUGGAGACAGAGUGUGUGCUGUGUUAUUAUAGCAGCAACACACAAUCUAUUGUGGGGAUCAGCCCUCCGUUCCAGGUGCACGGGUCAAUGAUGUCCACUAAGGAUGGUGUAGCUCCAUAUACCGUCAAAGAGAUGGGGAGCAAAUGAAACCAUGUGCACCCAUCCCACAGCUCUGCUGUCUCACCUACUGGUCCUGGAUCGGACUACCUGAGCUCAUCCUCCUCCUCGUUGUUCCCAUUCUCUGCCUAUUAUUGAGUACUGUAAUAGCACUUUUUGGAUCA